AUGGGCGGAGUCCCCUCGAUACCCACCGAUCGGUCGCGGACCGUGCAGGUCAUCGGCGCCGGCUACUCCCGCACCGGCACCGUGUCCAUGGCACUGGCGCUGGAGAAGCUGCUUGAGGGGCCGGUCAUGCACGGCGGAACGCAGCUGUUUGGGCGCGAAGAUGCCUAUGUCAAGCUCUGGUGCGACAUCUUCGCCAACCGCGACAACAGGCCCGUCCUCAUGAAGCUCCUGCGCGAGGCCACCGCGGGCUUUGUUGCCGUGACCGACGCUCCCGCCAAUGCCUUCAUCCCGGAGCUGCUCGAGCUGUAUCCAGAGGCCAAGGUGGUGCUGGUGACGCGCGAUCCGGACCGCUGGUUUAGCAGUAUGCAGGCGCUGAUUAAGGACGGCGUCGGCGAGUCGAUGCUGAUGCUCAAGGUGCUGCUGUGGCCAUGUCCCGGAUGGCGAUGGGCGCCGCUGUGGUUGAACCAGCUGGGAUCCUAG